AUGUUUUCAGGUUUUGGCUUCGUCACAUUUCAAAGCGAGGACGUAGUCGACAAAGUAUGUGAGAUUCACUUCCACGAGAUCAACAACAAAAUGGUGGAAUGCAAAAAAGCACAGCCAAAAGAAGUGAUGCUCCCGGCAAAUUUGGCGAAGACGCGAGCGGCCGGCCGAGGUGCGUACGGUGAGUUGGUGAUGGUCGCGACUCCCCCAACCACUUAUCGUUAUGCGCCGUAUCCCCUGCCAUCUGCAGCUGCAGUUCAUGCUCACGCUGCAGCGGCACAAGCCACUCCACAUCAUCUGCUCGCGCCAAUUGUUGCUAGUGCUGCUACUCCGGGAUCUGCGGCUAGUUACCAAUACGCAGCAGCAGCAGCAGCAGCCGCUGCGGCUGCUAACCCCACUGCUGCGACUGUUUAUGAUGUAAAACGGGCCCUGGCAGCCGCAGCGGCGGCCUAUCGCCCGCACCCAGCUGCUGCGGCUGCUGCUGCUGCCUCACGAGCCGCUACUUUGACCUACUCCAUGAGUGACCUUCUAGGAGUUCAGGGGUUGGAUAUGGGAACCGCGGUUUAUCAUCCGAUACCUACUAUUGGACUAUGA